UUUCCGAUUCGGAUAUUCGGUUUCGAUUUCGCUAGCUAGCUGUUAGCUGUUUGCUGUUCGCUUUUCGGUUCGCACAGCUCCAUUCUAUGCGGAAAGAUACAAAAUAACCAGAAGAAAUCUACCAAAAGCCCACAACAAUAACGCCCACGACCAAAAGGCGGUGAGAAAAUAAAAAGAAAUCAACUGUAACAAAAGUGAAAAACAAUAAAAGCUAAAGGAAAAUCGCUGUGCAAUAAAGGCCUAACUCAAUCUCCCAGGUGAAAUAAAUAUUUUCAGUUCGAGAUGCAGCAAUAAAGUAAACAAAUAAGGCCCCAGAGAAGAAAAGGUCUCAGCGGUAAUUAAUUAGCAGUGGUGCAGCUACAAAAAAAAAAAAGAAAAACUCGCUCACAUAUAUUUACAAAAGUUUUAUACCGCUUCGCAGGGAAAUGCAAAUCAAUUAAACACAAUAUAUUGUGAAAAGAAAAGGAGAAACAUAAAAUCCAAAAACGAAAAGAAAUUUUUCGUUACAAUUUGAUUUGCCAUUUACCCGGGGAUUAAGUGUGUUUUAUUGACCAUGAAAACGAUGGAAAGUCCGCGACUCUAAAAAAAGAAAAAUAAUUAACGAGAAUUCCCCAACGUGUGUGUGCGUGAAAAUAUCUAAAAUAAAAGCAAGGGGAGAUAAAUCGUAAAUGGAAAAUCCACCAAGUGAUCAAAAUGGCAAAGAGUGAAAAUCAAAUUUAAUAAUCCAUCAAAAAGUUUGCCGUUCUACAUAGAUAAUUAAACAUUUAACAGACUUUUUUUUAAAGGAGGCGUAAAUUUUACGAUUGAAGCCAGAUCACAGCACUGAACCGAAAACUGAACUGAAAGUCUAACAUGCGCCCGGCACGUUACCGAUGAAGCAAGCGACUUUAAUCAGACCCAGACUCAGACACAGAAGAAGCACAGCAGCGGCAGCCAGCAAGAUGUGUCCCAAACGGCAUUGGCUAGUCAACAGAGGAAGCUCUGGAGGAUCAGGAGGAGCUACGGCGAGGAGCAGGCGCAGUCUAGACCAAAUAGUAGAAGUAUUAGUAGCCUUAAUCUUAGUCAAUUGUCUGGCCACGGCAGCAGCGGCGCUGAUCACACCGCCCGACGCUCUCAGUCUCGAUCUGGAGUCGCUGUCUUUGGGCUCCCCAUCCUACUCCUCCUCCGGCUCGGCCGCCUCCUCCUCGGAGGACGACGACAUGACCGGCGGCUUCUACCGCAGCCCCCAUCGCCUGGAGGGCUAUCCGCAGAUGCAGCAUCUGCAGCGCGGCCAGAACUUCAAGAUCAGCCCCAAGCCGUGCUCCUUUGGCCGCGUCGAGGGCACCUGCAUGUUCGUGUGGGAGUGCAUCAAGUCCGAGGGCCGGCACGUGGGCAUGUGCGUCGACUCCUUCAUGUUCGGCUCCUGCUGCACGCACAACUACACCGACAACCUCGCCGUGCCGCAGACGGCCUUCUCCUACACGAGGCCCACCAAGCCGCUCACGCUCCGCCCGCGUCCUCCAGCGGCGCCCUACAAGCCCAUGAUCAGCGGCAUGACCACCAUAGAGCGUCCCCAUGGCGCGGGCACCCUUGUGAUUCGUCCUUCGGGUCCGCACCACCAGGGAACCUUGGCGCGCCCUCAUCCGCCGCCCUACCAGAGCAAGCCCACCACGGCCUCGGAUAUGCUGAGCUCCGCCUCGCAUCCCAGCUCCAGCUCCAGUUCCAGCUCCAGUUCGAGUUCGAAUAGCAUUUGGCAUACAUCGACCCAGCAGCAGCAGCAGCAGCAGCAGUAUCCGCAGCAGCAGCAUCAGCAGAAUCAGCAGAACCACUGGCAGAUGACCACCGAGCCGAGCUUUAUUACCAAGCCGCGACCCACCGGCUGGACCAAGCCCGGCAUCGUCAAUUUGCCAAUGCCCGCGCGACCCUCGAAGCCGUCGAAGCCCACAAAGAAACCGAUUGUCUACGAGCGGACACCGUCGCCUCCAUCGUCCACCUCGACGACAUCAACGUCCCUGAUUUGGCCAGGCCAGACGCAUCCCCCCCAGCCGCAUCGCCCCACCAGGCCGCAGCUGUCGCCAGGCACAUCAUUAGCCGCAUCGUCCUCGUCCUCGACUUGGCCAUCAUCAUCGCCAACCACCUCGACGACAUCCACGUCCACAUCCACAACGACGACAACAACCACUCGACGGACAACCACACCGGCCACCACAACGACGAGAACCACGACAAGCAAGCCCACAAGGCCCUACCAGCGGCCCACCACGGCGAUCUCCUCCUCGAGUUCGACCACCAGUACCACCACUUCGGGCAAGACACCCACCACGACCAGGCCGAUUAGCUCCAGCAGCAGUUCCAGCAGCUCCAGCGGAAUCGUCACCAGCAGCCAGCGGCCAACGCAGCCCACGCACCGUCUGCCGGUCCUGGCCACCUCCGGCAUCGAGACCAACGAGAUAACGGACUCCUCCAGCCCCGACUCCGGAGCUCUGGGCCAUGUGAAGACCAUCUCGGCGGCCCGCAGUGAGUGCGGAGUGCCGACUUUGGCGCGUCCCGAGACGCGGAUCGUGGGCGGUAAGAGCGCGGCCUUCGGUCGUUGGCCCUGGCAGGUGUCUGUGCGGCGCACCUCCUUCUUCGGAUUCUCCAGCACCCACCGCUGCGGUGGCGCUUUGAUCAACGAGAACUGGAUAGCCACCGCCGGACACUGCGUGGACGACCUGCUCAUCUCGCAGAUACGCAUCCGCGUGGGCGAGUACGACUUCUCGCAUGUGCAGGAGCAGCUGCCCUACAUCGAGCGCGGGGUGGCCAAGAAGGUGGUGCACCCCAAGUACAGCUUCCUCACGUACGAGUACGACCUGGCGCUGGUCAAGCUGGAGCAGCCGCUCGAAUUCGCGCCGCAUGUCAGUCCCAUUUGCCUGCCCGAGACGGAGAGCCUUCUAAUUGGCAUGAACGCCACGGUCACCGGCUGGGGUCGCCUCAGCGAGGGCGGUACCCUGCCCUCCGUCCUCCAGGAGGUCUCCGUGCCGAUUGUGAGUAACGACAAUUGCAAAUCGAUGUUCAUGCGCGCCGGUCGCCAGGAAUUUAUUCCUGACAUAUUCCUAUGUGCGGGCUACGAAACAGGAGGGCAGGACUCCUGUCAGGGCGACUCAGGUGGACCACUACAGGCCAAGUCGCAGGAUGGCCGCUUCUUCCUGGCCGGGAUCAUCUCCUGGGGCAUUGGCUGUGCCGAGGCCAAUCUGCCCGGGGUCUGCACACGAAUCUCCAAGUUUACGCCGUGGAUACUGGAGCAUGUCAGAUGAUGAUCAGUCCAGGGAUCACGGCGAUAUUGAUGAUGAUGGCAGCUCGACUUUUGUUAUUUGUUUUAAUUUAUCAGUUGGUAUCCAUUAAGUCUUGUGUGAUUUAUCUUAAAGGAAUGUUAAGCGUA